AUGGUUGGCGUUCCUCACAGCACCGGAUGUUCGCUCUGUCGUGAACGACGCAUCAAGUGUGACAAGGCAGUCCCCAGUUGCACACAGUGUCGGAGAUAUGGCCGCCCCUGUCCAGGGUAUCGACGAACUUUCAUUUUCCAGGACGAACGUCCGGCAUUGGAGCGUCGGCAUAAGUCCACAACUCCAGUAGCAUCAAAAAGCCCCCCAGGCGCAUCUGAGAAUGAUGCCCCUGAGAGCCAAAAGAAGAAGAAAGAGCCAACAGACAGCGCAGCAGCAGCUGUCCGAAAGAGUGCCAUCGCCAUGAUGAAACGACAUGCUGCGAAAGUUGGCGGUGUCUCGCUGGACGAGAGUUUGAAUCCAUCGCUUGUGCGGAAAUCGUUCGUUGGACAGCAGCCACAGCUGUUUGGCGAUUUCAUCAGCGCGGCGUUUCCCACGCUUUAUUUUCAUAACAGAUUUCGCGCAGAUGAUCAUCCGGAUUUUCCUUCGUAUAUCAUGCAGACUUUUGGAACGCAUGCGUACCAGGAUUCCACAGUCUGCUGCUUGAGUUCCGUCUACCUGGCGCAUCUGACCCAGGAUCCGGCGUUGGUCAAGGUCAGUCGGCAGAUGUAUGGCAUUGCACUUCGGGAGGUUGUGCGAGCAUUGAACACCCCCGAAGCCUCCUCAGACAAUAUGCUUAGCACGGUAAUGAUGCUGAGCGUGUAUGAGAUGUACGCACAGACGAGCAAGGACUCUUGGGUACACCACGCGAAUGGCGUUAAGCGGUUGAUGUUAAGCCGCGGCGUCAAAGCGCAUGAAUCCGGAUUCGGACGCUCGUGCUACAUCGCGUUUCGGGGAUUUCUGAUCGCCACAGCCGUAUACGAGGGAACGCCCUGUUUUCUUGAUCGCGAAGAAUGGCAGAAGUUCGCCGCUAUGAUCCGAUGCGAGGACUCCCAGAAACCCGGGGAAUGGUCGGCCUUUGUAGAUAUCUCCGAACUGGCCUUUAUGGAGAUGACAAAGUGCCCACGAUACCUCAGCGAAGCGCGAGAGAUAGACGAGUCAGCAUCACCUGUCCGCAUAGCAGAUCUGGUCCAGCGUAUGCGAGAUACAAGCCAGAAACUGAUUCGAUUAACUGCCGAAUUGAGGGUCUGUAUUGGUGCCCAUAGUCAGCGAAAGCAAGGGAUCGUGUACAGACCAGGAAGCUUUAUCGGACCGGUUCCGACUAUUUUCCCAGAGACCAGCCCGUCGCUUUUAUUGCGAGGGGCGGAAAGUACCAUCGCUGCGCUAAGACAUCUGAUGGAUCGAUUGGAGGCGAUUAUGGAUGGUCCACGGGUUGAGGAGAUCAGCCCUUCGGCGGCUUCAUCCGGGGUCUCUCACUUUGAUAACAAACCAAGGACCUUCUCGCUGCCGUUCCGUGUGGUGUCGGAGCUUGGGCGUGGUCCGUCAAAGACUUCAGAUGAGGAUGAUCCCCGGGCAGUUAUUUGGUUAGAUCGAGUGGCAUCUUCUAUGGGGAUGCUGGGGACGGAAAUUGUUCACGGGGCGGGAAGUGUUGCGAGCGAGGAUAGUCCCCCGGAAACAAUCGAGGAGGUUUUUGAGUGA